AUGAUCAUUGAUUAUGGUAUGGAUGUUGAGCUACAACCAUACUCUGCCCCUCCAGGCGAAGAAGGUUUAGACAUGAGCCAUGCUGGAGGUGAGUUUGAGGCAUUCAAGGGACUCGCCCGUGAAAUUGCUGGGAUCAAUGGAUACUGCUAUGUAGACCCACACACUCAUACUGAUUGCAUUGAAAAUGAAACAAAUCACUGGAAUAUCCAAAUGGACUGCCUGGUAGAGGCCUAUUUAGACUACCACCACCACGGCUCAGAGGAUGGCAUGCCCAACUGCAAUGGAAUACCUGCACCUUCACCAUCCAAUGAUACUCAACAUGUUUUGCUGAGCAAAAUUGAACUUAUUGAUAUCUUUAGUAUGUAUUGA